UCCGGGCCGGUUUUUGCAUCAGAAUCUCUGUAAUGGCGCCAUAGAUAACGAGCUGGACGAAAGACUCGGCUAAUCCAACGCUCAAGAAUGAUGGCGACAAAAGGGGUAAUAUGGCGGAAUUGCUCUGCAGUUUAACAAGCAGCGAUCCAUGGCAGCUAUCACAGCACUGGGCGAGUUCGGGUUGGCCACGCCCACGGGCGACAAGGCACAUCCGACGGUGGAGACGACAGCGGUUGGGAGUGGUGGAGUCCUUACCUCCAGCGAAUUCGACAACGAGCCAAAGAAAUUGGAAGCCUACCAGAAGCCAGGCGCAUGGGGGGCCAUCUGUCGCUUCGGGCGCACCGUGCAGAGAUACGUGUGGGACGAUCCGGACAAGUCCACGGAAGAAAAGAAGUUUCUGUUCAAGCUCGACUUCUUCACGCUCAUCUACUGUUGCUUGGGAUACUUCUGCAAGGGGUUGGCCCAGACCAAUAUCUUCAAUGCCUACGUCUCGGGCAUGAAGGAAAGUCUGAACAUGCAGGGCAGCGAACUGACGUACAUGCAAAACGUCUUCACCGCCGGCUAUGUCGUGGGUCAGCUCCCCGCCGUCAUGUUGGCGACGCGAGUCCGGCCUUCCAUCCUCGUGCCGACGUGCGAGGUCCUCUGGGCGGUAUGCACCUUUGCCUCUGCUACAGUCACGACGGUGCCGCAGCUCUAUGCCCUGCGUUUCCUCAUCGGCCUCUUCGAAUCCGCCUAUUUCCCCUGUAUCAUCUACGUUAUGGGGUCGUGGUAUACGAAGCAUGAGCGGGCGAAGCGUCUGACCUUGUUCUAUGCCUCCGGGAGCAUGGCGGGCAUGUUCAGCGGCUAUCUUCAAGCAGGAGCCUACAAGGGCUUGAAUGGCAAGCUCGGCCACGAAGGUUGGCAAUGGCUGUUCAUUAUUUGCGGCAUCAUCAGCCUACCCAGCGGCCUUCUUGGUUAUGUCUUCCUCGCCGACUUCCCCGAAACCACACGCGCAUUCUACAUAACCAAGGCAGAAGCAGAGUGGGCGCGGGAGCGGCUGCGACGCGAGGGAUACAAGCCUCUGGGCGCGUCCAAGUGGACGCGCACCAAAGUCUUCCGCAUCAUGGCCCAAUGGCAGUUUUGGGUGCUACCCAUCGGCUACAUGAUCAUUCAGCAGAGCGUGCCUCAGAUACAACCCAUCUUCUCCCUGUGGCUCAAGGCCGAAAAGUACUCGGUGUACGAUAUCAACGUCCUGCCCACCGCGCAGACUGCUAUCGGCGUCGUCGUGCAGCUCAUCGCCGGCAUGGUGUCGGAUUCUCCGCUCCUGAAAGGCCGACGCGCCGAAGCCAUGAGCGCGAUGAUACUCGGCACCUUCUUCAGUGUCAUCACGCUGGCUGUAUGGGAUGUGUCGCACGACUUGAGGUUCGCCGCCUACUACUUGGCCUACACGGGCUCCGGCCUCGCCGGCCUAUACUUUUCCUGGUUCCCCGAACUCAUCCCCCACGACCACGAGAUGCGAGGCUUCAUGAUCGCCGUCUCCAACAUGUUCAGCUACAUCCAGAGCAUUUGGAUUUCCGACGUCGUCUGGAGGACCGCCGACGCACCCCGAUUCCACCGCGGCUUUAUCGCAGCGUCAGUCUUUUGCGCCGCGCUAGUGCUGCUGACGAUUCUCCUUCGCGUCCUGGAACUCCGCGACGUUCGGAAACGGGCUCGCCUCGCCCAGGGCGACGAGGAGGGUCCUGCGGCUGCAGCGACAACGUCGGAAGCUACGGAAACUACUCACACGCUGGAGACGGGUACUAGUCGGGAGGGUACCGAGAAACAACACCUAGGCUGAGAUUUAAAAGUGUAUACAAACCUCCAGUUCGUCAAAAAAGUCUAUCCGAUAGAUUUUAUUGACUAAAAUAAGGGGGCAUCUUAGACUAAUUUUUAUAUAGAGAGUAUCUCGUAGAACAAAUCACAAGAUGACAUAUGGGCCAGGUUGGCAACCAAUCGAAGAACAAGCAAUUCCACUAUAUUAUCAAAAGCGUUACUACCCAAUUAAAAUUGGCGACUUCUUCAAGAAUCAACAUCGAAUCAUCGCACAGCUUGGUUA